UGUGUUCAGGCAGUACGUUGGACGAAAGCGGGUCCUAAUGCUCAGCAUUUUGAAAGCGUCGCGGUGAGAAGAGACACCUAGCAUCUGCAGCCGGGUAGAGAGGAGGGGGAGGAGGGAGCUGAAGCAUGGAGGCGGUUCUGAGUAGGCUGAGGGGGCUGAGUGCUGCCGAGCUGUCUGAGGAGUUUGCCAGAGCAGACCUAAAGUGCGGCCCCAUCACCUCUACCACCCGAGGCACCUAUGAGAGGAAGCUGGCCCGUGUCCUGGCCGGACAAGAGGGAGCCGCCGCUGAAACAGACGGCAGCUGUUCAUCGCAGCUCACAGAUGGCGCCGCCGGUUCCUCCAAAUCUGCGGCAGGUCCCACCUCGGCCGUUUCGCUUGAGACCGCGGCAGCCGGCAGCGGCAGCUCCUCCCAGAAAAACGGCGACGAUCUGAGCUUUGGCUACGGAGUGGGUCUGAACCCUCCAGAGGAAGAGGAGAUCCCAGGAAAGUCGGGCUUUAACAGCUCGGCUGACUGCGGCAACUCUCAGUUCAAAAGCGAAACCCCUUCCAAGCCAGCACAAGUAUCUCCAACCUUUUAUUACGGAGUCUGCCCCCCGUGGGAGGACGUCCUGGCCCGAAAUGAGGGAGCGCAUGUCUACACGGACAAGAAAGACGCACUUCAGGCCGUGAAGACCAUGAAGGGUUCCCGCUUCAAAGCCUUCUCCAACCGCGAAGACGCAGAGAGGUUUUCUAAGGGAGGCUGUGACUAUUGCCCGUCUCCAAGCGUGUCCACCCCCUGCAUCUCUCCCAUCAAGCCCGGACCGGCCGUCGGGAAAGCGGAGAACCCGGAGGUCGACACCAUCAACAGGGAGCGGGCCAACAGUUUCAAGAGCCCGCGCAGUCAGGACCUGACAGCCAAGCUGCGCAAAGCUGUGGAGAAGGGGGACGAGGCGGGCUUCGGCGAGCUCGUCUGGAGCAACCCGCGCUAUCUCAUCGGCUCGGGGGAUAAUCCCACCGUUGUCCAGGAGGGUUGCCGGUACAACGUCAUGCAUGUGGCAGCCAAGGAGAACCAGGCAGGGAUCGCUCAGCUGCUACUGGACACCUUGGAGAACCCCGAGUUCAUGCGCCUCAUGUACCCAGACGACCAGGAAGCCAUGCUGCAGAAACGAAUCCGCUACAUUGUAGAUCUUUACCUCAACACUCCAGAUAAGGCUGGCUUUGAAACGCCGCUCCACUUCGCCUGUAAGUUCGGCUGUCCGGAUGUGGUCAACGUCCUGUGCUCGCACCCCGACACCGACAAGAACUGCAGGAACAGGGAAGGCCUGAAGCCUUCGGAUCUUAUUUGUAGCAGAAAAAAUAAAACCACAGAAGUGAAACAGAGAAUAAGUGACUACUUGGAAGACCGCUGCUAUAUCCCUUUACUGAGGGCCACCGACAACACCUCUCAGCCCAUCAUCGGUGCUCGAUGGUCGCCAGAGUCCUCAGACAGCCUGACGCUGAUCCAGCGGCACACGAGAAGCCCCACGGACCCCUGGAUGACCGUCACAGCCUUCGCCGGCCCACUCAGCCCGUCUAAAGCGGAUGAUUUCCGGCGAAACUGGAAGACGCCACCGAGGGACCGGGCGGAGCUUUUCCACCACAUCCUUAAAUCCGACCCAGACAGAGGGGCGGAGAGAGUGGGCAGAGACCUGGCCCGUGAGAUGGGCCAUCCCUGGGCCGAGUAUUGGAGCUUCCUGGACUGCUUUGUGGAUCUGUCCUCCCACGAGGGGCUCCGUAAGCUGGAGGAGUACCUGAGCAAGAAGGAUUUCAGUCCCAGGAGCCACGACGGGGCCGGACCCAAUGAGACCAGCAACAGGUUCAAAACGCCCUCUCCAGGCAAGCCCAAAAAGUUCUGCAACUCCAUUUCCGUCGGCGCCUUCCUGGACGAGGGAGACGACAUCAGCCUGGAGGAGAUGAAGAACCGGCAAAACGCGGCGCUUUCCAGCAUCACCUCCUGCGUCGCCUCCAAGGACGCCUUGAAGGGCGCGGUCGGGGGGCGGGACUUCCACAUCCCGCUGCACCACCGCGGGGCGGACCUGAUCGAGAACGCCGCCGAGCAGGACCUCCUGUGCUGCUGCGCCGACGGCCUCCUGUCGCCCGGAGUGGCCUGCAAAAACGUGGUGUGCUCCUCCUCCUCCAGGGACAGGACUCACAACGGAGACAAGGUGUCCCCGCGCGGCUCCCCGUCCUCCUCCUGCAUGCUGUCGCCCAUCUCCAACCUGAUGGUGGAGUUUGAGCGCAUGUCGCUGCAGGAGCCGUCGGACAGUCCCCCGAGCUGCCGGGAGAGGAGGAGCGGCGGCAGGAACCGGCACAAGGACGGCCGCCACUCGUGCAGCUCCUUCUCGGCCUCGGACCUCAGCUCGGGGCUCCACCGCCUGUCGCUCCGCCAGGACGGCAGGGAGCGGGCGGAGCGGGCCAGCAGCAGCAGCAGCAGCAGCGGCAGCUCCGACGAAUACUUCACCGCCGAGGAGAGUCUGGAGUCGCUGGGGAGGACUAGGGGGUCGGCGCCAGGGGUGCGCAACUUCUGUGCAAGGUCCAAGUCGUGGGACCACGGAGGCCGGGACCUGAGCAGCUCCGGCUCCUCCGGCUCCUCCUACAAGUCUCUGGAUAACUCCCACGAGUUCUUACCCAGGACUCCUCCGCACAGUAGAAGAGGACUUUUCAUUGAGGGGGACUCGCCCACCAAACUGGACAGCGAGGUUCUGUCCGCGCUGCAGGACGCCGACGUUGACCCACAGAAGUAUCCCAGCGUCCAUAAGUGGAAGAGCACAAUGAAGUCGUACUCUCCGUCAGACAUGCAGAGCUGGCCGAGCCCUGCGGUGAAACCCCGACUCAGGACGCAGCAUCAGACCUGCAGCUCCCCCAACAGCGGCUUGAUGUCCCCCACCGGUCGCUUCAGCCCCGUCCGCCACGCUGCCUCGCCGGACUUCAGCCCCAGCCGGUACAGCCCUGCCAACGUCAGCUACAUCCAGCGCCUCCGCUUCAAGCACCUGAGUUAGCCGCUGUCCUAAACUGCCGUCUCCUCUGAGACCUUCUCCCCACUUCUACAGCCCCCCCCCCAGUUUCACCCAGGUAACAGCAGCAGAGCUCAGAAACCCCAAACCUGACAGAAAUAUGCACAAGUGUCUGGAAAGAUUUGUAUUGAUGAUGUAUGGUACUACUAUGUAACACAGGAAUUCUCAUCACAUUAGACUGUAAGAAAAAAAAAAGGGGGGGGGGAUCUGAUAUGUCUAUGUACUGUAUGGGUGUGGACUUUGUUGAAUUCAUGGGGGAAAAAAAGUGUUUGUGGCAACUGUGAAAACACCUCCAUCAUAGCCGGAGUCGACUUUUAUGGAAUAUUGUGAAGCCAAGCCACACGUCCCAAAGUUUCUCUGGUCACCAUGACAACGAAGAGGGAUCCUCAUCAGGAUCCUGUCACCCAACGAUGUUGUGGAAAAUACUAAAACAAGUAAAUUGUCAAUAUUUUCAAUAUUUUUUUUUCUUUUUUUUUUGUAUGUUGGUCAGUAGCACAAAAAAAAAAAAAUGUUUUUAUUAAUGGUGUUAAAACUGCCAUUUCCUGUGUUGUUCCUCAGUUCAGGAAUUGCCUUACUUUUCUGAAGUGAUGGACCCAUUCUGUCAGUUUUAGACACACUUUAGCUCAUACGUGGAAUGUAUGAGGCCACAAAAGGAAACGGAGAUCUUCCAUAUUUUAUGUUAAUCUGUAGUAUAUGUGCAUUUUUUUUUUUUUUUUUUUUCAUGUCUACCUGGUGGUUCCUGGAUGUCUUGACAUCGUCUUUAUCCCAUUGAGGGCAGCCUUAAACAGUGCCAUUUUUUUAUUUUUCCCCGUCUUCUUUCCUGUUCUGGUCACAAGCACGUCCUCCAGUGCAUAAACAGCAACAAGCACCCAUCAAGUUUAAUUUGGUUGGUCUUCUAAAACCUAGCCUGAGAUCCCCUUAAAACUCAACUGGGCUUUUCUUUUAAGCACUAGACGCCUCAGCCCAGACCUGUUAGGAUGAGCAGAAGCUGCCUUAUGCCUCCCAGCGUUGUGUUGCAUACCCUUCCCCUGUAUUUAUGUCCCGCCUAACGAUGCUAAUUGACUCCUCAGACUAAACGUGCUCGGCAGGAUCUUCACCAAGUCGCGUCCCAGGAGUCUUCCUCAGCCAUGAGGAAAAACCCAACAUGUCUCGACUUCCCAAAUUAACACCAAAUGUCCUGAAUGUAUUUUUCUAUCCUAACCUUCGUCUAAGAGCACAAACCCCACUUCACUCGGAAGAUUGUAUUGUCAUUCUCGUGCUCUUAGGCCUUGAGAUCAGAUUCGGGUCUCUGAAUGUCGAUGAAUGUGGAACUUUGCAAAAAUGCGUCAAAAGAUUUUAAACGUGCUUCUCGUGCUUUCAGCAUUCUGUACUUUAUUAAACUGAACUUUCAUGACGACUUUUCUGUAUGUACAGACCUGAUUUGCUUUUAUCUAAUCAAUAAAUCUUCACUCCCACCUUC